AGAGAGAGAGAGAGCAUAUAAAUAUAUGAAAAAAAAAAGAGAAAAAAUUCGGAGGUCGAAGUCGGAAAUGCUAAAGGGGAGAGAGAGCUUGACCCGAUUGGUCGGCAAACGCCGCCGCUUCCUUCCCAAUCGUCAAUCACUCCUCUCCGCCCCUACCCAGAGCUCAUUGAAUCUGGAUGUCGAUCGAAAUGGGAAGCUUGUGUCAGUGGAACAAGGAGGCUCUUCGAAUCGAGAUGGAGAAGAUAACUGUGUGGUGCAAGAUGGUUCUGUUACUUGCCCUGUUUGCGGUGUCAAGCUCACUGCCCGAAACAGCCUCGUCAAUUCCCAUUUGGAUGAGUGUCUGUCUAGAGGAACCAAACGGAAGCUGACUCAGCGUACUCUUCUGGAGUUGAAUUUCUCCCCAUUGUCGACAAUUAGAACUUAUUCCACUGACUCUGUCCAAGAGUUUGGAAAUGAUUUAUUUCCUGUUGUUCAUGAUGGUAAUCCUGUUCAAGAUGCAUCCUGGGAGUUGUCCAACUUAGGGGCUGUUGAAGAAAGUCAGAAUCGGGUUGAUAGUCCUUCCGGAGACUUAGUCAAUAAGGAUGAGAUCAGUGAGGUGCGAGAUGUUGAUGUGACCAUCACUGAGGAUGACAUAUAUGGGGUGACUCUUGAAACUUUUAUUGUUGGCCGCAAGUUUGGUGAUGAAACCGAGUUAUGUCUUGGUGCAAGAAUUUAUUUUACAAGAGACCCUGAUAAUGUUAAGGAUCCCAAUGCUAUUAAGGUUGUUUGUCAAGAUUCAGGAUUCCUUAAAGUGCUUGGUUUUCUCCCUCGCAAGCUAGCAGAAUAUUUGUCUCCUCUUAUAGACAAGUACAGUCUCAAUUUUGAGGGCAGCGUGACCUCUGUACCGAAGCAUUCUAUCGAUGUUGUCCCAAUACAGAUAGUGUGCCACAAGAGUAAUGAUGCUAAGGACUUUAAUGAUGACAAGUCUUUUAAAUGUUUAUGGAGAAAUGUUCAGCAAGUAAUUGAAUCCACCAAGUCCUGUCCGCCCUGUGCAAUCAAAUAUCAGGAUAAUUUUUGUGUUUUCAUACGUGAGGUUUUGAGAAACAGUUCUCACCUCUUGACAGAUGAUGAAAAAAGCUUCAUCGAGUCUUUUACUUCAAUGUCAGAUGAUAGUCAGAGGCUGUUUGUUCGGCUUUAUACGCGGAAAGGCCCAUGGUUUCGGCUUUCUACUCUUUCAUACCCCGAAGUUUUGGAUCCCCAGCAAGCAGUGAAAGAGCUUUCUGAGACGGGCUAUAUGUAUUGCCUUAAUAUUACAAAUAAUCUAUCGGAUGACGCUAUAACGGAGAUUUUGGAUUUGCUCACAGUAUCUGAGCUACGUGAAAUCUUGUGCAUCCUUAAGCAGAGUUGCAAUCGUGGCCUAAGAAAGCAGGAUCUCAUUGCAUCUCUCAUUUCACCAUACAAAAAUGAUUUAUGCCCAGUGCUCCCUAGUAUGGUUUUGCAUAGAACAGGAUCCUGUGUUAGAAUAUCUUCAGAUGCGGAGUCCCUUAUCUGGCGUGCCGAGAGGCUUUUCUUCCUGAAUGGUGAACAUGAUUUGUCAGCAUUUUUAUUGGUGGAUCUGGGAAUAGUCAAAUAUCCAACAUACAAGUGUAUAGUAUCACAACAAAUUUUCUCAGCUCGAGAUGACUUGCUUGGCUAUGAAGAGGCCAUUGAAGUGGCACAGAUAAUUGAUGAAGCUCUUGAUGGAAGCAACACGGGAUUGGUCUUAAAGUGCAUAAAGAUAGCUGAUUCCCAUUUAUCCAUUCCAGUUCGAUCCUUGAUGUCUGAGGCAGUGGCUCCAUUCCUUGUCCACUUUUCGGCAACUUUUGUCUACUCAAAGGUGGUUUUUCUAGGAAUCUCUUUUCUUGAGCGUGAGCGUAGGUACAAUGAUGCUAUCUAUUUGUUGAAAAGGCUGCUUGAUUGUUUUGCUCAUGAUCGUAGAAGAGGAUACUGGAGACUACGGUUAUCAAUUGAUUUGGAGCACAUGGGCUAUCUAAAUGAGAGCCUUUUGGUUGCUGAAAAUGGGUUAUUAGAUGAAUGGGUGCGUGCUGGUUCAAGAGUGGCACUUCAGAGGAGAGUCCUUCGCUUGGGAAAACCACCAAGGCGAUGGAAAACUCCUAGUUUUGCAGAGUCUGUCAAGAGGAAGAUCAUAGAGGUCAAUGUUCAAGGGAGACCUUUAAAUUAUGCAAUAGGCACAAAGAGCAGGUUUUAUGGAGAAGAUGGGGAGCAGUGUGGUGUAGAGCAGCUAGCUCUCCAGUAUUAUGCUGAGGAAGGUGGAUGGCAGGGUAUUCAUACAGAGAGUGGCAUUUGGUUGACUAUUUUUGGACUUCUAAUGUGGGAAAUUAUAUUUUCCAGUGUACCAAAUGUCUUCCGCACCAAAUUUCAGACUGCUCCUUUGGAUUUAGAGACUGAUAGCUUUUAUCUAGUGAGAAAGAACCAUAUCGAGUCUCACUUACAGAAAGUUCAUGAUGGAAUGGCUGAGGAGAUUCUCAUCACUUCAUGGGAGUUACAUGAGGGAACAGCAUGUAGAGGGGUUAACUGGGGAAGACAUUCCCUCUCUGAGCUUCGGGCUGCUGUUACAUGCAUUGGUGGCCCAUGUUUGGCUGCAUUUUGUCGACAUCUUGCACAAGAUUAUCGGAGUUGGUCGAGUGGAAUGCCGGAUUUACUUCUGUGGCGCUUCCAUGGAAAUUACAGAGGUGAAGCAAAGCUUGUCGAAGUCAAAGGUCCCAGGGAUAAACUCUCUGAGCAGCAGCGAGCAUGGCUAUUGCUAUUAAUGGAUUGUGGGUUCAAUGCUGAGGUAUGUAAAGUGAGCCCUGUUGUGUGAAGAUCCUAGGCUGAUUUGUUUUCCGAUAGGAAGGAGAAUGUCAUACAUGAGGUAAGAAAGACUAGCACUGACUCACUGACUGCUCUUAAAUAAUGAGUUUACCCUUCAUACUCAGGGUUAUUAUCGAAUUAUUAUAUGAUUGGCAAGUACUGCACUAGCAAGCUUUCAUCUUGAACAUGGUUUAUCAGUGAUAGAAGUCAAGUGAAGCUAUUCAUAAUGCAUUUCUCAGGCUGGACUCAUGCUUUUCUGGAUAUCAGAGAAAGAUGACCAUUGCAGUGUGACGCGACUUUAAAGUCCAUGCGCUCAAGCACUUUAUGUCCCCAUUUUAUACAAGCUUUAUUAGUAAGAGGACAUUAUGUAACAAGUCAAAAGCGGGCUUAAUCUCUGUUGUUGUGUAUGCUGAUAUGGGAUAACUGGUUUACUCUAUUAAUAUGCACUCGUUUGUAUUCAUCCACCGAUAAUUCAAAUGGAAUGAAAUUAUGAUUCAAGCAUUUUGGAUCUUA